CGCCAGUAGCCUGUGUCAAAUUAAAAGUCCUCUCGGUAAAAAAAAAAGGUUCAAUCUUCGCUUUUUUGAAUAAUGUGCAGUUGGUGACUGACAGGAAAACCACCGACGGCUCUGAUCCCACCCGGUCGAUUGGACAGCAGAGACAGAGGAUGGACUUUGUGAGCGAGGAGCUGUUCUGGUUUUCAGGCUCUUCGUUGUAUUUUUAACUUGUUUACGUCGGGGCGCCCGUCGAACUGGAGACUGUACAAAUGGCUGCAGGUGAUCUAACCUUGAAGUGGAAUUGAAUUUCAUGAAUGUGUUGGACACAGUGGGAUGUGACUGUAGCCCAGGUAGCAGCAGCAGCAGUAGAAGUGUAAGUAAACACUGUUUUACAGACUUCACAACUGUUUUCCUCCCGAUGCUAAAACCUGCACCGACUCGUCUGCACCUGGAUUUCUGCGGGUGACUGUUCCUGUCCGAUGCAGCUAGCCUGAGAUCGGAUGAAUGCCAAGCCCUGCGACUUUGCCUUCGCCAAAAGGACUCCAUGUCUUUCUUGGACUGUUCCUGCAUCUCCCAUGCUCAGGUCCAGCCAUUGGACAUAGAGGAGCAGUAUGAGGACACCAGCCACCAGUUCCUGAGCUGUGACGGUUCUGAAUACACUCUGCAAGGGCCAGCGGGCGGCGAUGACAUCACGGGGCUGUCGGCUGAGCCCUCCCACUACCAGCUACUGUCUGAGCUCGGUAGGGGCUUCAACAACCUGAGCCAGGUGAGCAUGGCACGGCACGUCCCGACCAACCAGCUGGUGGCUGUCAAACAAACCAACCUGGACGAGUGCACCGAAGAGGAGCUGCUGCAGCUCAUGAACGAGGUUCUCCUGUUCAGGCUUUUCCGCCAACAAAACCUGCUGACCUCUCGCCGGGUUUUCAGCUCUUGCUGCCAACUGUGGGUCCUCACACCGCUCAUGGCCUAUGGCUCUGCUGACAGCUUACUGAGGACAUAUUUCCCUGAUGGAAUGAGUGAGUCCCUGAUAGCCUACUUGCUGUACGGUGUCCUGAAAGCGUUGGAAUACCUGCAUCGGAUGGGCUAUGUUCACCGGGCACUGAAGGCCAGUCAUAUCCUGCUGUCAGGGGAGGGGCGUGUAUACCUCUCAGGGCUCCACAGUAUUUACAGUAUGAUGCGUGAGGGAAAGAGGAUGAGGGCGGUGUUCGAUAUGCCCAAUCACAGCCCCGCCCUUCUGCCCUGGCUCAGCCCCGAACUACUGAGACAGGACCUGCAUGGUUACGGAGUAAAGUCCGAUAUCUACAGUUUAGGUAUCGUUGCCUGUGAACUGGUCAGUGGCAGGGUGCCUUUUCAGGACAUGCCACCCACUCAGAUGCUGCUUCAGAAGCUGCGCGGCUCCCACUGCUGCCUGCUCGACGUGGCCCCCUUCCCGCUGGGCGAGCUGGGGGGCCUGAAGGUGUCGCGGUCUGGCGUGGACUCUGGCAUCGGGGAGAGCGUGGCCACCGGAAGCCUGACACACAGCGCCACCGCUCCUCCCACCGACCGACCUCAGAGCCCUGGACCCAAGAACCACUCGGCCACCCUGCACAAUCUGGUCCAGAUGUGUCUGCAGCAGCAGCCCGAUCGCAGACCGUCAGCAUCUUCACUGUUGACCCACGCCUUCUUCAAGCAGGUGAAGAGGCACAGAAGAGACUCCUUCCUCAGCCUCAUGUACCCAGCGGUGCCGCUCACCAGCCCCGAGGACGCUCCAGUGUCCUGCCCCCCCGGUCCGUCCUGCCACGCUCUGACAAUGCCCAGCGCCGACACUCCCGAGGCCGUGUGGGACUUCUCCUAACCCCCCUCCCUAUUUUUCCAAUCCCUAUCCCGAGAUUGCUGAAAGCCAUGACUAGUAAACCAAACUCAAGACAAUCAAAGCAAAGUGGCCACACUCUACUGUGCUUUUAUUUUGUUCUUAUUAUUAACCUAACUCUCUGAGCCUUUUACAAGUAGUUUUGUUUAAACGUGUUCAUCUAAUGCAUAUGUGGAUUUGGUUGUUGGUGAGGUGACAGUGAAAGUGCUGGAUCUAAGAAGCUGCUCUGGUAAUGCACUAAGGAUCCAUAAUAAUAAUAAAGAUAAGGGACUAUCGAUGAGUCACAGGAGAACAGAUUAUUAGUUGACUACUAAUCACUUUCUGACUAUGAGGCAAAAGGCAACUACGAGUUACAGAAGUCCAGCCAGAUACACUUCAUCGUUAAACACAGAUAUUUGUGUUUAACAGUUUACGUUUAGAACACAGUAUUUUGUUUCUACGGUGAGUUUGUCCGUUAAAGUGUUAUGUCUUCUGACUGUGAAUGGUGAAUACUGUGGUACAGAAAAAAGAGGUUUACGACUCAUAUGUGCAAAUAUGUUCACCUAUAUCAGAGCUUUUCAAACUAAGAUUUGAGAAAGUCCCCCCCCCCUUAUCACUCCAGAACCUGCCUGAGAAUCAUUGCGUUUGUUUUUCGGAGACUGACAGUAUAACAGUGAUAGUUGUCUGUACAUUCGUUGUCAUCCACUGCACCCAGGAAGUGGAAAAAUGUAAGAACUCCAUGGCAACAUUACACAAAGUCCCGACUAAGCUCAAGAAAAUCUCAGCUAUCAAUCCUGGCGGUACAUCCUGUGUUUACAGCAUCAAAUAACUCAUUCAAACCAAACUUGGCAGAAGAAUUCGCACUUGAACAUAGAACAUAACAAACAUAAGAAACUACUUAAAAUGACGGAAAACAACUGAACAAUUCACCAGGUUACUUCAGUUUACAAAACUGACCUUGAUCGCAAAUGUAAAUAUAUUUUGCUGUAUGUGGUUGAACAUGUAUGCCCAUGUAUUCUUGUAUAUUCAUCUGAAAUGUUUGCCUAUGAGCUAAUAGGAUAAGGUGCAACUUGGCCUCUUUAAAAAGAAGCACUUGAGCAAUAGAAUCUAUCUCUAUAUGUAUCAUUAGUGUUUCCUGCAGGAGUUAGGUUAGAAACCAUCAGUAGAGACAGUAGAUGUCCUGAUCAUUAGUGAUAUGGCAAAAGAGAGAUAUCUCUACUCUGUGACUCUUACACAACAACGCCUUUAUGUUUUACUGAAACCUGAUUUCUGAAUAUGGUGAUUGAUCUCCUAACUGUGACGAAGUGUACUGUGUAUAGCAACUGUGAUUUGCAGUACAUAUCAAACCUGGUAGCUGUAUGAGCCUGAUAUAUACACACAUAAAUGAUAUGUAUCAAUAAAAAAAAAUGGAUUUCUUAA